GCCUCCUCCAUCCUCCGCUCUGACUUCAUUAGGGAGAAUGCAGGGUCACUUGAACAAGCUGUUCCUUUGGGCCAUGUUCUCUUCUGCCACAGUUGAGAAGGCCGUACUGGAUUGUGAGACAACAAAAGCAGAUGAAUUCCCUUCUCCACGCGUGUACUCAAAAACUAACAUGGUCAUGAGAGGUCAAAAUGUGUCUCUGUUUUGUUCCCACAAGAACAAAUCACUGCAGAUCACCUACUCGUUGUUUCGGCAUGAGAAAUUCUUGGGAACCCAGAAUGGAACAGGUGAACCCAUGAUUUUUAACCUCAACAUCUCUGAAGCUGGUGACUUGGGCCCCUACAAAUGCAAAGCCCAAGUUUUAAACUGUGUGAAAUAUAGUCAUGACUUCAACUUCAUCAUUGCCGACCCAGUGACUGCCCCAGAGCUGACCAUCACGGUCACUCCAACAGGGACAGAACGACAUGUAACACUAAGCUGCCUCUCGGUCCGUGGCUCGCUACCCAUCAAUUAUACUUUUUUUGAAAAAAAUGUCCCCAUAUCAUCAGCUAUUUCCAAGAAUGAAAGGGAGCCUGCCGAGCUGAACUUAACCAGGAAGAACACUGAGGAAAAGGAAGAGUACAGGUGUGAAGCUAGAAAUGGGCUGCCUGACCUCGCGCAGUACAGCCGGCCCGUCACCAUGGACUCCACAGGUGAGGAUGGCUGUCCUCUCUGCUUGCAGCUACUGCUCCCGGGGCUAUUAUUGGGGCUAAUGGUGAUAGCCCUCAUCCUGGCUUUUUGGAUACUAUCCAAAUACAAAGCAAGAAAAGCUGUGCGACGUAACGCCCCCAAGGACUGUGGAGCCACACGCAUGGAAGUUAGGAUAUAUGCAAAUAUCAGCAUAAAUAAAACAGAUGAGGAACCUGUGCCAGAUGUGGAACCAGGGCCGUGUGUUUCCAUAGCCCAAGAUGAGGCUGGAGACUCCCAGGAGAUACAUUAUGCCACCCCUGUGUUCCUGGAGGUGGCACCAACAGAACAAGGUUUCUUCUUCCCCACGAAUGACACCUGUAAGCCCACCGUGGGUUCAAAAGCAAAAGUACAAAGCAAAAUCCAUGUCUAAAUUCUAAAACAAAAAUAGAUGACCUUGAAAAUGUGUCUGAAGACAGCAAUGCCUGAGGUUGCCAAGAGCAGAGAACGUGACGACGACUCCAGGACCUUUUUUAUCCGCUAUUUCCAUUUGCUCUCAGACUGCGUAAGGCUGCCAGAAUGUUGAUAGUGAGGGUCUUUCUCAGUCCCCAAGAUUUAGCUAAUGUCAAAGGUGUGGCUUCGUUUCCCAAACUCUGUGGAGAGAACUGCCCAGAGUUGGUUGGGGGAAGGGAGAAAGCACUGGUUACCUAGACCACUGUGAUAAAUUACUAUAAACUGGCAGCUGAAAACUACAGAAAUUUAUUUUCUCAUACUCUGGAAGCCAGAAGUCCAAAAUCCAGGUGUCAGCAGCUCCCUCUGAAGCCUCGAUGGGAGCCUGGCCCUCUGGCCCUGGGGGCCCUGGGGGCCCUGGGUCUGUGGCUCCUUCGCUCCGACCUGAGCUUCUGUCUUCACGUGGCCGUCUUUCCCUCUUCUGCUGCCUGUCUCUUAUAAGGAUGCUUGUCAUUGGGUUUAGGGCCCAACCAGAUAAUCCAGGAUGAUCUUGUCUCAAGAACUUUCAUGGGAUUACAUCUGUAAAGACCCUCUUCCCAAAUAAGAUCAUAUUCAUGAGUUCCAGGAGUUAGGACAUGGAUCUUUUUGCGGCACCACAAUUCAACUUGCUCCAGAGGCCAAAAUGAUUUCUGGUUUGAAGUUGAAAGUAAAUUCCAAUACAAGUCAUUUUUAGGCUUCUAGAGAAACAAAACAACUUGACCAAAACAUUUCUGCUUUGUUCUUCUUUUGGGGAUUGCCUGAAACUCAGUCUUAAAUGUUCCUAACAAUGAAUCUCUGACUAGAAAAUCUAUCAUUAAUUAGACACUAACUCUAUGGUAACAUCCUAUGAGGCCAAUGUUAUUAAUUUGUUUUUACAGUUAAGGAAACUUAGACUCAGAUGUCAUUUUACAAGGUCACCCACAGCUUGGGAAGUGUUGAACUAGGUGUGAAUCCUAGCAAAGAACACUGGAAGCCCCUGGGAAUGCCUCUGCAGGCUGGGAAGGGACGCUGCUCACCUAGGUCUAGAUGAGUUUAAGGAUCAUGCUGCCAUAAAGCAGCACUCAUUAGCAUAAGCUCCCCUUUCUCUGCUGGUAUUUUUAUUUGGGGAAAUUGAUAUAUUAAAGAGGCUGGGGGUCUGGGGGCUCUAGAGUCAGACAGACCCAAAUCUAGUAGGCCCAGUCAUGUGCUGUGUAACUUUGGAUAAGUUACUGAACCUCUCUGGGCUUCAGUGUCCUUAUUUGUGAGAGGGAGGGCAACGGAAGGAAGAAAACAAUACAUCACGAAGCUGCUGUGAGAUGAACUCAGAUAAUGAAUAUAAAGGGCUUAGAACAGGACCCCAGGCACAUAAGGAGAACUCACGAACACUAUUCAAAGUCGAACAGCACCUAGCCUGAGACAUGACAAUUGGCAGCUGUUCUUAGAAACCUUUAAGCCUUUGACAGCAUAAACUUGGUGACUUGACCACCAAUGGUUUUGUCAUCUGUCUUAACCUGAGCUCUCUUUUAUUUAUUUUUUAUUUUUUUGAGACAGAGUCUCAUUCUGUUACCCUUAGUAGAGUGCUGUGGCAUCACAGCUCACAGCAAACUCAAACUCUUGGGCUUAAGAGAUCCUCUUGGCUCAGCCUCCCAAGGAGGUGGGGCCACAGGUGCCCACCACAAUGCCCAGUUAGUUUUUCUAUUUUUAGUAGAGACGAGGUCUCCCUCUUGCUCAGGCUGGUCUUAAACUCCUGAGCUCAGGCAAUCUAUCUGCCUCAGCCUCCCAGAGUUCUCGGAUUGCAGGCAUGAGCCACAAUACCUGGCCCUGAGCUUUUUUUUUUUUUAAUUCAUUAAUUCAUUAAUUUUUUUUUUGUAGAGACAGAGUCUCACUUUACCGCCCUCGGUAGAGUGCCAUGACGUCACACGGCUCACAGCAACCUCCAGCUUUUGGGCUUACGCGAUUCUCUAGCCUCAGCCUCCCGAGCAGUUGGGACUACAGGUGCUCACCACAAUGCCUGGCUUUUUUUUGGUUGCAGUUUGGCCGAGGCUGGGUUUGAACCUGCUAUCCUCGGUAUAUGGGGCCGGCGCCCUACUCACUGAGCCACAGGCGCCGCCCAGGCCCUGAGCUUUUUUAAAGCAGAGCCUGAGCUGGACGCAGUGGCUGAUCCCCCUGUAAUCCCAGCACUUUGGGAGGCCGAGGAGAGGGUAAUGUUUGAGCCCUGGAGUUUGAGACCAGUUUGUAUGAUAUUGUAAAACCCCAUCUCUAUAAAAAUAAUCGAAAAAAUAAAUAAAUAACAAAACAAAAUUGGCUGGUUAUGGUGGUCGGCUCCUCUAGUUCCAGCUCCUCAGGAGGCUGAGGCAGGACGACUGUUUGAGCCUAUGAAUUCGAGUGCUCCUCCUGAGCACUAGGCCUGUGACUUCCGCGAUUCUCCUGCCUCAGCCUCCUGAGCACUAGGCCUGUGACUAGCACAGCUGUGACGGCAGCACUGCACUCUAGCCCGGGCAACAGAAAA